UUUCACUGUUGCUUCUCAUUCGAGCAAGAUUCAUAUGAUGAAGGCGGGUAUAUUAAAAUUACUAGAAUUUAUCGCGGAGUCAGAAAGUACCGUGAAAGUAGAACAUGAUAAUGACAAAGUUCAGAUUUUGAAAAGAAAGUUUAGUGACAUUAAUCAAACAAAGUCAUCACCAUCAAAGGCCAAUAAACGUGAUUCUAAUUCAGAGGAUUCAGAUGAGUCGCGUAGUUAA